AUGGCUGACCUUCAAGACCUGCGAUGCCUUAUCUACAGCCAUCCUAUCAUUGAUAACCAUGCCCACAAUAUCCUCAGAAAGGAUACUGCAACCGAUUACGCCCGGUAUCCGCUAGAGGCAGUGACUUCUGAAGCCCAGGGGGAGGCAUUGAUCGAUCACGCCACCAAAACCCUCGCCCACCAUAGAGCUGUCAAUCAGCUUGCCGGGUUGUAUGGCUGCGAGCCGGAGUGGGAGUCUAUAAAGGCUGCGAGGCAAAAAGUAGUUGAAAACGAGUAUAAUGGGCUGGUGAAACGGUGCUUGGAAGGAACGCAUACACUGCUAAUCGACGACGGGCUGACCGACGGUCGGGAGGUAGAGGUCUUUUCAUGGCACGACGCUUUCACAAGUAGCCCGACUAAGACCCUAGUCCGAAUCGAAGCCGUUGCGGCAAAGCAAAUGGAAAAGCACGUUCAAGACCUGCGAAACCGGGUUCCUCCGAUAACUAUUCAAACAGUGCAGAUAGACCACUUCUUCUCUUAUCCUGACUUUCGAGAAGGAUUUGUGAAGGCCAUACAAGAUUCGCUAGAUGAUCCUAAUGUGGCCGGAUUUAAAUCGGUUAUCUGCUAUCGAACUGGACUUAAAGAUAUCAAAUGGCCCUCUCAGGGCGAAUUACAGACGUCAUUUUUCCGCAUCCUCUCUGCUACCCUCGAGAAUGGAGAGAGCCGUAUUUGUGACAAACCGUUAAAUGACUGGAUUCUCCGGAUGACCCUUCGUUGCAUUCAACGAAAAUGGGCUGGAACCGGUUCAAAGAAACCUAUCCAGUUCCAUACAGGCCUCGGUGACACUGACAUUGAUUUGAGCCUGUCCAAUCCAGCGCAUCUCCAAUCUCUUAUUGAGGAAUUCCGUGACGUUGAUUUUGUGUUACUGCAUUCAUCGUACCCAUAUACUCGGGAAGCCGGGUAUCUGGCAUCUAUGUACAGCAAUGCCUAUCUAGAUAUUGGAGAAGUAUUCCCGAUGAUCAGUAGAGAUGGUCAGCUAUCAAUUCUACGCCAGUCUUUGGAAUUGGUCCCUACAUGCAAGAUUCUCUGGAGCACCGACGGGCAUUUUCAUCCGGAGACAUACUUGUUGGCGAAUAAGCAAUUCAGAGAGAUAAUGGAUACGGUUCUCGUCGAAUGUGUCGAGAAGCAAGAUUUUACUUUCUCCCAAGCAAUGGAUGCCGCCAAGAAUAUUAUGUUUAACAAUUCCAAUCUACUUUACAAGCUUAAUCAGACACCUAAAUUCUCUCUCUCGGAUACUGCUCAAUGCAAUUCUGGAUCCCUGGUGACGUCCAAAAAGGCAUCUUCGAUUUUGGACACGUUUUUGAGGAGCAAUCCACACGUAGAGUUUAUAUGGGCUAUAUUCAUUGAUUACACAGCUACUAUCCGUGUUCGCAUGUUUUCGAUUCGAGAGUUUAUGAAAUUGGCUGGGGGAAAACGCAGGGUUGGAAUUACUUUGGCGGUAUUCAAUAUUCUCCAGACCGACGCAAUAGUCCCUCCGCAUCCACUUAUUGCUGGCCAGUUUUAUCUAAAGCCCGAUCUAGACACUCUGAGUGUCAACAUUGGCCUCUCAUCAAACAGCGCCACCGUCAUGACCUUCUGGGAGACCGAAGAUGGCGGACCGCAGGAUGGUUGUCCGAGGCUAACCCUCGAGAAUAUAGUUAACAGGUGUGAAACGCAAUUCAACCUCAAACUUUUAUGUGGUUUUGAAGUUGAAGUGGUCUUUAUGGAGAAAUUCACUUCCGAUGAAGGUUUAACUGUUUACAAACCUUGGCUCACGAAUCAUUCAUGGUCGAACAUGACAUCCGACACCCGCCGUGCUUUACCCCUUAUUGAAGAAAUUGUCCGCGAGCUGGCGCAAAUAGACAUCCACGUUGAGCAAUUCCAUGCUGAAUCCAGCCCUGGCCAAUUUGAGUUCAUUCUCCCUCCCGAUUCGCCGCUGGCCGCGGUAGACACACUCCUCAAAGCCCGGCAGACAAUUGUCCACUUAGCUGAACGCCAUGGCCUCCGAGCAACUCUAUACCCACGCCCGUACUCUUCUGCAGCCGGAACAGCCGCACAUGUUCAUAUCUCGAUCAAUCCACCCACGAAAGAAGCUUCUUUCCUUGCUGGAUUGUUGAACCAUUUACCUGCCAUCCUACCAUUCACAUUACCACAGGAUGCCAGCUACGAGCGUGUGAAGGAAGGGAUCUGGGCGGGAGGUGUUUGGGUUGCAUGGGGACGGCAAAAUCGAGAGACACCGGUGAGAGGCAUACGCGGUGGCCAUUGGGAGAUCAAGUCCAUGGAUGGAUUGGCGAAUCCAUACUUGGGCGUUGCGGCAAUAAUUGCAGGUGGUUAUUUGGGGAUGCGAUCCGAGCUGGAGUUAAAAACGGAAGACUGCAGUGUUGAUACAGCUUCCCUCUCUCUCGCCCAGAGAGAAGCGCUGGGCAUUCAAGCCCGCAUGCCAACUUCAUUGGACCAGGCACUCGCUGCGCUAGAAGCCGAUACGGAUCUUCAAAGCAUCCUGGGUAAAUGGGUUGAAAAGUAUAUCGGCGUUCGAAGAGGCGAGCACGAUAUGUUGAGCAAGAUGGGCAAGAGAGAGAGGAAGACUUGGUUGAUUGAACGUUACUGA